AAUCCUAAACCUAAGACCAUUGUAACACUAAGUUUAACAACAGCAUUAGAUUAUUUGAUGUCCAGGCAUAUUGGCUAAGUUAGCUACCCAGUCUGUUAGAUACUAGCUGUGCUAGCUACAAUGCCCAUCCCAAUAUUCAGUAACGUUAGUUGUUUGCUAGUUAUUGUUACUCGGAGUCUGCAUUGAGUUAGACCACAUGUUUACAUCCAGAUACUGUAAAGUAUGUCCCAUGCAACAAACCUACUCUACAUCUGGUGAAGCAGCGGUUGCUGAAAAGCUAAGGUUAACUGUGCUGCAUAGUGUCAGCUGUUAUAGUUAUAGCUGUGAUAGUAGCUAGAUUACCUAAUGCUACUGCGCGUACUGUGGGUAGUUUAAAAGCUAUGUAUUUGUGCAUUCGUUAAAUGUUUUUUUAUUGCUAGCCAAAUGUUUUACGAAAUGUAUAGCCGGCUAACGCUGUUGCUCGUCUGUAGGCUAGUUCUUCCGACUUUUCUAUCUUCGGGGCUACAUGCUAAUGACAGAGGGUGUGCUGGGAAAUAAAUAAGAAUCGAAUUCCGUCCUGACGAAAAACAAAGAACAAAGAAAACACCUCAAUGGCAUAUCUGGAGCACAAAACAAGCGCACUGCGCUUACUUUCCCCAACAAGCGGUGACCAGACGCCGUCCCUCUCCGUGCGCUCACCACCCGUGAAGGCGGAGGAAAUGCAGAUCACCCAGGAGGUCACUGCUGAGACGCUGUGCUUGAGCAGGAGAAAGUUGAAGCACAUCGAGUACAGUAUUUUGAAGAUUUCUGCGAUUAAACAUUUAUACCUUGAAGGAAAUGAAAUCUCCAUCCUUCCUGGAACAUUAUUUAGUAGCUUGCCAAAUCUGGUGUGGCUGGACCUAAGGAACAAUCAGAUCACCCAACUCCCCCUUGAAAUAGGGCAGCACAGGGUUCUGAAAACACUCCUCCUGGAAGGAAAUCCCAUAGGUGAACUUCCAUUAGAACUGGGGAAUCUGGUCACUCUAAGAGCAUUGAGUCUGAGGCACUGUCCCAUCAAGUUCCCACCACAGGACGUCCUGUGUAAGGGGGUGCAGUGCAUCCUCCAGUUUUUGCGGAGAGCACUGGCCGAGCGACCGGUAAGCAGGAGGAAUGCUGUCCCAGCACUGGCAAAGGUGCCCCCCAUUGAGAAUCUGCAGCUGAGUUCCCUCGACUGCUCAGAGGAAACAGCCGACUCAGCCGAGCAGCAGAGGUUCGAGCAGCUGAAGCUGAGGAUGAUGCAGAUAGAGAGGGCGGAGUCUGGGCAGGGCGGCCCUGCACGCCCCAGGGCGGUACAGAGCGAGGGAGGUCUGAGAGGCCACGCCCUGCUCAACACAAGAAGGAAAAUGGAUCUGGCAAAGGGCACCUUUCCCGACCUGCUGCUGUGCAAUGCUCGACACUGGAAGAGAUCCGAGGAAGGGAAGCGAGCCGCCAUGCGGAAGAUGAAAGAAAAGCAAGAAAUACUGGAACAGCGAAGGAAAGACCAACUGCUCCUGCGCGAGUGGAGGUCAGAGGCCUGGAUCAGGCAGGAGAGGGCAGUCCUGGAGAGCAGGAGGAGAAAAGCAGAGGAGGUACUGAAGAAGGCUCCCUAUGCAACUGAGCCUCCAUGUGAAAUGGAGGAUAAUGCAGAGCACCUUACCCACAAUGUACUACAGCAAGAGCCCAGAAUGAAAUCACUGGGAUCUCUAAAGGAACAGGAGGAAAUGAGAGUAACCCGGGACAGGGACCUGGAGCAAAGGAUCCAAACACGCGUCCAGAUGAUGCAGGAGAGGCACAGGAGAUCAGGGGGCUCCGCGCAGGAGGAGAUGGGGGUGAAACUGUUACAGCAGGAAGCUGCAGCAGAACAGGAGCACGAACACAAGAAAGCUUAUCGAUUCACUGCUUUCACUGGAGAGGAAUCGCCGUGAAGCUGCACAGCCUGUACCCUCUCCGUAUGCUGCUAUUCCUGUACUGCGUUACACUGUGUCAUAUCAAACUGCGGUCAGACCAUGAGAGCAGAUCUGGCUCGCUCGGCUUGCCAGCCUGUCCCUGUCUAAUGGCAUUGUUCUGUGGAAGCCUGCAGCUGUUUUCUGUUACUGGUGUUGACGACGGGAGAUACUGUGAAUUGUUUGUGUUUGAAUCAAAGGUGAAAUGAGUGUUGCUGUUCUUUUUGAGAGCGCAUCUUUUUAAUGUAUCAUGCGAGGACGUUUCUGAUGUAAUAUAACCAUCGUAGCUCAAAUGUAUUUAAUAGAGAAUUGCUUUUUAUCACUGGCCAUUUUGGUGACUAUUUUAA